AUGGCCGGUCUGUCGGACAACGUUCGUGUGGUGGUGGUCGGCGGGGGGAGCCUGGGCUGCCAGACCACCUACCACCUGGCCAAGCAGGGUGUCACCAGCGUCGUGCUGCUGGAGAGGGACCGCCUGACCUCGGGGACCACCUGGCACACGGCCGGUCUGCUGUGGCAGCUGCGUCCCAGCGACGUGGAGGUAGAGCUGCUGGCCCACACGCGGGACGUGGUCAGCCGGGAGCUGCUCGCCGAGACGGGGCCGCACACGGGCUGGGUGGAGAACGGAGGGCUCUUCAUCGCCUCCAACAAGCAACGCCUCGAUGAGUACAAGAGGCUCAUGUCGCUGGGGAAGGUGUACGGCGUGGAGUCCUAUGUCCUGACCCCGUCGCAGACCAAGGACCUGUACCCACUGAUGAACAUUGACGACCUAUACGGCACGCUGUACGUCCCCAAGGACGGCACCAUGGAUCCAGCUGGUACCUGCUCGACUCUUGCCAGAGCAGCAACAGCUAGAGGCGCUAUGAUCAUUGAGAACUGCCCGGUCACCGGGAUCCAGGUCAGAACCGAUGACUUUGGGGUGAAGAGGGUGUAUGCAGUGGAGACGGCCCAUGGGACCAUCCAGACUCCCUGCGUGGUGAACUGUGCAGGCGUGUGGGCGCGCGCCCUGGGCCGCCUCGCUGGGGCAAUGCUGGGGACUAUCUGCGGCUCUCGGCCCCCUCUCACCCUCCCCAUUUUUCAGAACAUGCCGAACGUUCGCGAUCACGACGCCUCGGUGUAUCUCCGUCUCCAAGGCGAUGCCCUUUCCGUGGGUGGAUAUGAGUCAAACCCCAUCUUCUGGGAAGAGGUAUCUGAAAAAUUUGCUUUUGGCCUCUUUGAUCUGGACUGGGAUGUUUUCAUGCAACACAUUGAAGGUGCCAUCAACAGAGUCCCGGUGCUGGAGAAAACGGGCAUUAAAUCCACUGUCUGUGGGCCAGAGUCAUUCACGGCUGACCACAAGCCACUCAUGGGGGAAGCCCCAGAAGUCCGAGGCUUCUUCCUUGGCUGCGGCUUCAACAGCGCCGGGAUGAUGCUGGGAGGUGGCUGCGGGAGGGAGCUGGCUCACUGGAUCAUCCAUGGGCGGCCGGAGAAGGACAUGUACAGCUACGACAUCAGGAGGUUUCACCACUCCCUCACCGACAACAACCGCUGGAUCCGGGAGCGGAGCCACGAGUCCUACGCCAAGAACUACUCCGUCGUCUUCCCCCAUGACGAGCCGCUGGCGGGGCGCAACAUGAGGAAGGACCCCCUGCACGAGGAGCUGCUGGGACAGGGCUGUGUUUUCCAGGAGCGGCAUGGCUGGGAGAGGCCGGGCUGGUUCAGCCCCGGAGGAGCAGCCCCGGUUCUGGAUUACGACUACUACGGCGCGUACGGCCAGGAGCGCCACAGGGACUACACCUACAACCGGUUGCUGGGGGACGAGUACACCUUUGACUUCCCCCCACACCAUGACAUCAUCAAGAAUGAAUGCUUAGCGUGCAGAAAUGCCCUGGCUCUCUUCGACAUGUCUUAUUUUGGGAAGUUCUACCUGGUUGGUCCAGAAGCAACCAAAGCGGUGAACUGGCUGUUCACUGCCGACGUGAGCAAAGCACCAGGCUCGACCGUGUACACCUGCAUGCUGAACAAACACGGCGGCGUGGAGAGUGACCUGACCGUCAGCCGGAUCAGCCCCGGGGACCCGGCCUCCCCCCUGGCCCCCGCCUUUGAAGGGGACGGCUACUACCUGGCUAUCGGCGGGGCCGUGGCGCAGCACAACUGGUCGCACAUCACCGCUGUGCUGCAGGACAUGAAGCUCCAGUGCAAACUCCUCGACUGCUCGGAGGAGCUGGGCAUGAUGAGCAUCCAGGGCCCCCUGAGCCGCGUCGUCCUCCAAGAAGUGCUCGACACUGACCUCAGCAACGAGGCCUUCCCCUUCUCCACGCACAGACUCGCCACGGCAGCAGGAUGCACGCACGGCGGUGCCCGGGGUUUGCUGCGAGGUUUUGCAGUGCUGGCUGCUGGGGUGGGCUCCUCCGUCUCGCCUGGGUACAGGCACUGGCACGCAGACCUGCGCCCCGACGAUACCCCGCUAGAAGCAGGCUUAGCCUUCACCUGCAAGCUCAAGUCCGCCGUCCCCUUCCUGGGCCGGGAGGCUGUGGAGGCUCAAAAAGCCAAGGGCGUCUUCCGCCGCCUCGUCUGCUUCACCACCGAGGAGAAGGUGCCGAUGUUCGGCCUGGAGGCAGUCUGGCGGGACGGCGAGGUGGUGGGCCACAUCCGUCGGGCAGACUUCGGAUUUGCCAUCGACAAAACCAUCGCCUACGGCUACAUCCGCGCCCCCACGGGGGGGCCGGGUGUGCUCCCCCCCACCAUAGAGGCUGGAGGGGGAGGGGUGCCGUGGCCCAGCGGCGAGGCAGCGUGA